UGGCGUCCUCACACGGCAGCAUCGGAUUCUCUUCCUCGCUUCACCUCUCCCUUACCAUCAUUAUCUGAACUGGCUCCGAGCCGAAUUCACUACAGAUUCCCUUCUAUUAAGGCACCAGUGGACUCAUCAGGAAAUGAAUUGUGACACUGCAAAUGUGCCACUCAAAUGCUACUGGUAAUUCUUUUCCAGGAGACACUCUAGAAAAUUGGGAAGAGGUCUGACAACAGAUUUACCUCAACUUUUCAUCAUGUUGCAAAACUUUUAUACUUCACCCCAAUGAUUGAGUGCUGCAAACACCAUGAGAAAGAGAACUCCACAACAACUGGCAGUCACUAGACUGCAAGCAUCCAGAAGUAGUAUGCAAACUCCAGUAUCCUCAGUCUUAACUCCAAGAACUAGAUCACCAUCCCCAGCCACCAGGUCUUAUACUCCAGAUUUGUGUAACCAAAGCACUGGUGUGCAGAAACUUGACGUCAGUGAAAGAAGUGAAAGCGAAUCUGCCGUUGCAUACGUUACUGGAAAGAAUGUAGUUAAUAAAAACACUGGAGUUCGAUACAUCACUGAGGACUUAAUUAAAAAGCAGUCACAUGAAGAACAAUUUAGUUCUGUGCAUUCUCUCAACUUAUGUCUGUCCAAGGAAACAGGGAAGAAGUUUAAGUUUAUAGAAAACCUGGAAAAAUGUGAGCAGUUAUUGGUUUUGAACCUGAAUAACAAUUUGAUUGAGAAAAUAGAAAAACUGGACAAACAGUCUAAACUGCGUGAACUUAGUCUUUCAUAUAAUCGUAUUUGUAAAAUUGAAAGUUUGGAGCACAUGGUGAACCUUCAAAGUCUGAAGCUGGCUGGAAAUUAUAUUGAACAAAUUCCAGUUUGGGUUGGAAAGAAGUUACGAUCCCUUCGCAUUCUUAACCUCAAGCAAAACAAUAUUACGUCGCUCCAGGAUAUAGCUAAACUGAAACCUUUGAAAGAGUUGACUUCACUAACUCUGGCAAAUAAUCCUAUUGCUCGUCUUCCGCAUUACCGACUAUAUGUAAUAUAUCAUUUACGUUCUUUGAAUUGCUUGGAUGGACAGCUCAUAACUAUCCAGGAGCGGCAAGAGGCUCAUGAACGAUUUAAUUUAGAAGAACUAGAGAAACUAGAGAAGGAACUAGAAAGCAAGACGAAGGAGAUUGAGCAGAUGGAGCAGGAGCAAUCUAAGGCUAUAGAGAACAUUAAAAGGCAGGAACAACUGAACAAGUCACUUAAACAGGAACAGCAGCAACAGAAGAACAACUACAAGGAACUGGAAAGAGAGUUGGAAACCAAGAAUGAACUGCUGAAGCAGAAGACUGCAGAGUUAACAAGGGCAUGUCAUAAACAGUAUCAGCUGGAGCAGGAACUAGCAUUUUACAAGAUUGAUGCUAAGUUUGAACCAUUGCAUCACUUUCCAGAGGUGAAUUCUGAAUUUGAAGCAAUCCCUAAUGAAAGCCCAUACAUUGGGAAGGCCAGAUACAAGAGAAACCUCUAUAUUCAAGAGGAACAUAUUACUGACCCAGUACAGCAUGGAAAAGUUGGAAAAAUUCAGUUUGAGGCAGCUGAUCAGGGACAAAGUGAAGAAGUGAGAGCAAAACUUCAUCAAGACUUGGAUGUACAACUGGAAGAUAAAGAAAAAAUGAUUCAGAAAGCUGAAGAGUCAUUAAAGCAACUACAAAAUGAAAAGGAAAAGACCCAACAGCAAGUUUUGAGAACCGUUGAAGAGCUGAAAAGUCUGGAGGCGUUAAUAGCACAAAAGCGGGUGUCAGAAAUUGAGAAGGAUCAACUCCGUCAGCAGUUGGCACUGAAGAUCCAGCUGAUUAACAUAUUGCGUAAGGAAACUGAGCAAGUGAGGCAGCAGGAGGAAAGACAGAGAAUGGAGAUGGAAAAAAAACAGGACGAGAUUGAUAAUCUAGGAAAGAUCCUGAAGUCUCUUGAUCCCAAAGAUCCUCGACAUGUACAUUUGAAAACUCAAAUGACCAGUAAAACCCAACAACUUGACAUGAUGUCCAAGCAAUACAAACUGUUAGAGAAGCGCCUGGAAGAAAUGCUCUCUAAAAUUGCUAAGGAAACAGAGGAUAUCAAGGAUCUUGAAGAGCAGCUGACAGAAGGCCGUAUAGUAGCCAAUGAGGCACUGAAACGGGACCUCGAAGGUGUUAUUGCUGGGCUGCAGGAGUACUUGGAGAGCGUAAAGGGGCAGGCAAAACAAGCUCGGGAGGAAUGCACAGAGCUACAGAAAGAAAAGGAGAUACUGUUGCUUCGAUUGGCUGAUUUGGAACAACAAAAAAAUCAGCUCGAAAUUGUUGCCAUGGAUGCAGAGCACUUGAGAAAGGAGAUGUCUGACCUGGAACAUUCCUUACAAGAGCAACAGGAGUUGAAUGAGUCUCUGCGUCAAGCUCAAGGUGACCUCAGUGAAUAUGAAGCUGAGUUAGAAUCUCAAUUGCAAGCAAGGGAUAUUGAAGCAACCCAGCUCAGGGAGGAACUGGAGCGACUCCGGAAGCUUAGUCAAAUGGAGCAAUCUGCUCUGCAAGCUGAGCUGGAAAAGGAAAGACAAGCUCUAGAAAAUGCCAUAGCACAGGCUCAACUAGUGGCUGAAAAGGAGCAUGAAAACAAGAAGUUAGUUGCACAGCUAAAAGGUCUUCAGAUUGAUAACUCUUUGUUGAAGGAACAGCUUCAGGAGCUUCAGGCACAUAUAGAUCAGGCUAUGAAAACAAUGAUUCACCCAGAGGAGGUUUCUGCUCGUGUCUCUGAGCUCAGAAAAAGACUGGAUUCUGGUAUUCACGAAAUUAGGCCUUAUAACCAAGGAGACACUUUGGGAAAGAAUCUUGCUGGAUUGCAGAAACAGUUGAAUAAAAUUUUGGGCCGCUCACACCAGGAAAAAGAGGAAGCUUUAAAACAUCAGAAGAAAUUAGAACAGGAAGUGAUGGGAUUGCAGGAUGAACUGAAAAAUAAACAGGAGGAUUACACGACUGCUUGUGAAAAGGCAGUAGAAACAUUGAUGAAAUCUGAAAAAGAAGUCAAUGAGGCUAAGGCACAGGAGUUGAAGAAUGAAAUAUUGCAGCUCCAGGAGCAACUGACAAACAUGCAGGAGUUACAGGCACUCACUGACAAGCAGCUCCAGGAGGCUGAUGCAGAUAGAGAUAAACUUUUAACAGAAAUUGAAGAUAAAGAAAACAAGAGCAAAAUAGAGGGUCGAAGAAUGCAUUUAAAACUGUGUGGCCUCGAGAAAAACUUGAAAGACUUGCAGGAAACAGUGGCUACAUCUGAGAAGGUGGCUGCUAAAGAACUCUCCACUGCUAAAGACCACCUAAAAGUUCUUGAGGGGACUGUUCAAAAACUUAGCCAUGAAAGAACAGAGGAAGUGGGAUUAGCAGAAAAAUUCAAAGCUGAGGCAACUCGGGCAGCUCGUGACCUUGCCAAGGCAGAAGCUGAAAUCGAUAUGCUACAGAACUUAUUAAAAGAAAAAGAAAGCCAGAUUCUAGAUGGAAUUCAAUCAUUUGAUUUCGGAGCAAAUACUGUAAAUGGCCAACAACUAGAAAUUGAUAGACUAAAUCGAGCUCUAAAUCAGCAACGGGCAGAACUGAAACACCUCCAAGAUCAUCUGGAGCAAACCAGAGAAGGUAAUUUAGAUGAGAUGGAAGACUUGAUAAAUGAAAUCACUGCACUCAGAAUUGCCCUUGGCAAUCAGAAUGACUAUAUUACAAGCAUGACUGAUCCACUUAAGAGAAGAGGGUACUGGUACUUUGUGCCGUCUGCACCAAAACCAUCAAGCCUCGUUUCGCAAAAUAAUCAUACAAAAGACUCUGGAUUCAGUUCCCAAUAUCAGGUUCCACCAUCUUCAUGUCAGCGAUCAACUCCUAAAAGAGGAAAUGAGGAGGGAUAUACACAACCGAUUCCUCGAGGCUUUUGGGUUUACUCACCAAUCAGACGUGCUUCAUACAAGACUCGAACCCACACAGGUGAUGGUGAAGAUAGUGGGACUGAGAGUGAUGAUAGUGGCAUGCCCAGGCAACCUUUUACAGCCCCACCAAGCUCAGUUAUUUAUACAAUGUACCCAGAUGGUACCCCUGUGCCACAAGGUACAGUGGUAUAUGGACCGCCUCCAACAGCAACAGCCACUGUUGGACCUGAUUCUUCGAGCACAAUUAUUUAUGGACCUCCACCACCUGGAGCUCACGUUGCUUAUGGACCACCUCCUGCCAACUUUACUGUCCCUCUUAUUCCUGCUGGUGUUCUGCAUUGCAAUGUAUUGGAGCAUCAUGACUUGGAGAAUGAAGUCAGCAGACUAGAAGACAUUAUCGCCCAUUUGAGGUCCCAUAAAUAUGAAGAUCAGACAAGUCUGUCCACAGAUAGGUAUCAUGAGCAAAUAGAACAACUUCGGCACAGCAUCCAUGAAAUAUUACAUGGGAGAGAAGAAUUGGAUCAUGACAUUGAGGAAUUGCACAAGACACCUUAUAAGCACAGCAACCAAAAAGGAUAUUUAGAUGGACGUCUAGAUCAGCUGAUGAAUGAGCUUGACAUGGAAAAAUCUCUCAAGAGACAUGAUGAUGUUGUUGAUGAAAUUGAAUGUUUGGAGAUAACCCUUGCAAAACGGAGGGCAGAACUACGAGAAACAGACAGACUAUUGGUGGAGGCGGAGGCAGAUCUCAAAAGUACAAGGGAAAAGACAAAAGAAACUGUCCAGUGGUAUGAUGAUGCCAGGAAACACUUGAUAGACACUGAGAAAGAUGCAGAAGAAUUGGAACGAAGAGCACAGGAGACUGCAGUUAAAUUAGUUGAGGCUGAGCAGCAGCUCAGAUUAAUGAAAGCUGACUUGAAAGAUCUUGAACAACACAAGACUGAACAAGAGAGUAUUUUGAAAGAGAUUAGCAAAGAGAUCUCGAUAAAGGAUUCAGAAUUCCAGGCAGUCACCCAGAGAAAGGAAAACAUGACUGAUAUCCUAGAAAAACUACAGGCAGAGAUCCAUUUGGCAGAAACCAAAGAGAAGCAGCACCAGGAAAUGUUGAGAGAAACAGCAACAUCGAUACAGGACAAAAACAAUGAAUUGGAAAGUCUAAAUAGUAAGAUUGAAGCACUGCAGAAAGAGUUAAUGAUGCUGGACAGAUUUUCAGGCAAAAAGAAAGAGGAGCUUCGCAUUUUUCAGAAUGAUAGUGAAGAAAAAAAAGCAAGCCUGUUGGACGUUCUUCGUAAUGUUGAGUCAGAAGUGACUGAUAAGCAGCGUCACAUUCGAGAACUGAAGGCAUUGCUUGAAGAAAUGAGUGCACAAAAAGGUGAACUUAAUGCUCAGAUCAGUGAAAAGAACUCACAGCUUUUCUUGUCAAAACAAGAAGUGAUGAAUGAGGAAGUAAGGCUUCAGAGCUUGCGAGCACAGACAAUCAAGCAAAAGACAGAGCUGAAACAUGUUCUGGAAAUGGUGCAGUUAGAAAAUGAUGAACUUCUGGAAUUGAAACAGCAACAUGAGCUGAAAGUGAAGGAACUGGACAGAAUACAAGCAGUGCUGCGGGAGGAGAAGAGUGAAUUGGAAAACCUGCAACUUACUUCCCAGUGUCAACGAGCAGAAAUAGACCACCAGAAACAGCUUAUUGAGAAGGAUCGGCAAGAUGUAGACCAGCUGAACAGCAAGAUAAGUUCACUUCAGCACAAUAUUGAAUCUCUGGAGAGAGAGAAAAGCCACAUUAAAGGAAGUUGCCUUGUAUUGGAAAACAAACUUACUCAAGCCAAAAAAGCCUUUGAAGCCACUGAAGACAAUAACAGAAAUGCUGCAGGUAAACUGCAGAAACAACAAACUGAGAUAAGUGAACUGAGUCAGGAAAUCAGUCAAGUCACUAUCCAAAAGGAAGAGCUAGACAGGAAAAUUGGAGACAUGGAAACCUGUCUGCAAGAGAGGAAGGCAGAGCUGCAAAUGGUGAUGAAUAAUCUCAGAGAUACCAAAGAUCAGCUGCAAUUAGCAGAUCAGGACCUUCAGAAUAUUACUAAAAGGCGUGAUGUGUUAAAAACUGAACAGCUGACGUUGAAGGAAAAUGUAAAUCAAAGUGCACGUAAAUAUCAGGCUUGUCUGGAGAAAGAGAAAAGAAAGGAGCAAGAGUUAUUCAUGCUUCAGCAACAAAUUGAAGAAAAACAAAAUGAACUCUCAGAGCAGCAAAGGUUAUUACAGUGUCUUGAAAAGGACAUUCAGAGUGAGGAGAUAAAGUUGGAAGAGUCUGCGUCUAAAGUAAAGGUCCACCUCCAAGGUUUGGAGGCUGAACUAUCAGACAAGAGAGAGAAAUUUGAACAGGCUGUUGCAAAAGUAAACUUAAUGGAGGAACGAUCAAGAAAACUGCAACAUAACGAGGAACAUUGUACUUUUCUGGAGAACCAGAUUGCUACUCUAAAGCAUCAGCUUUCCAACCAAGAACAAAAGCAGCAAGAAAUGUUAAGUGAACUUGCAUUUUGUCAUAAAGAAGUUGAGUUCUCAAAAAAAAAUCUAACUCGUCUUCAGGAGCUAAUUUUUUCAGAGAGGAAAAAAGCAGAGAAGCAUAUUGCAGCCAUCAAAGAAGAGUCUAAAGCUCAGCGAACUCAACUGGAGAAAGUCCUCAACGAACAAAAACAUGAAAACAACAGACUCCAAAAUGAAUUAUCUUCAAGAGAUCAGACUGCGCAUGAUAACCAUGAACGUACCAAACGUGUCAUGACUGAGUUAAACGAGAUGAGACAGGAAUAUUUUGAACUCAAGCAACAGCUGAGAAGUCAGGAACAAUUGGAACAUCAACAGAAGGAGAUAAAGGAAGCCAUAAGGACCCUUCGGUCAGAUGUGAAAGCAGAAAUUAGCAGUAGUUUGAAAGAUCUGGAUCAGUCGUGCAUGGAACCGAAGAAUGACCCAGAUAAAAUUUGGGAAGAGGAGAUGACUCUUCACAUUGAAACAGGAAGCUUAAAGGAUAAUGUUCCCUUUGCCAGAGAAACUUUCGAUGAAAGAUUAAGCCUGACUAGAUUUAAUUUUAAGGAUGAACAGUGGCGAGGGGAUGUGCUAAGAGAGAAUCUACGACAACAGGAAGAUCACCUCAAGGCACAGAUUCGUCAAUGCAUGUCAAAGCAAGCUGAAACACUAUGUAAACGAAAGCAACAGACGGAGGGCAAUCUGACCAGCCUUAAAAGACGUGUGGAUGCUCUGGAUGAACUUGUUACUUCCACCAAUGUAGACUCAUUUCACCAGUACAAGUCUUCAUCAAACAAUGGGCAGAGCAAGUCUCUUCUUCAUGGAAUAGUUCAAUCGUCUUCCAGAAACUCAGCAGAAAGAUCUCUUCAACCAAAAAGCACCCAUCUGCAUGUUGCAGAAGUAAAUGUUUCUGAAAAUGAUGCAGAAGAAAACUAGUAAUUUUAUGACCUCCUUGAUUUAUAACAAAGUGGUUUCAAAUUAUGCGGAUGAUGCAUUGAUCAAAAGUACACUCAAGAAACCUGACCUACCUCCGUCAUAUUUGGACAUCAGUCUCAUCACGAGUCUUCCCACAACUGUUCUGCAAGGCAUGUGUAUAUUUACACGUACUGUUCUUAUGAUUAUCAAGGUUGUCAAUGCAUUAAAUUAGAAUGUAUUACAUGCUGAACAGUUCAAUUUGUGUACAGAUCUCAGCUAUGUUGAGAGCACUGAUCAUUCUAAUGUUUUAUCAAUAUUUUUGUAAUUAAGAUUUCUGUGUUGUAACUACACAAUAGUUUUUAUUUUUAUUUACAUAAUUAUGGUAUAUGUAAAGUGGUUGCAGAUUUUACAUUUUGUAUGGUUUUGCAGUAAUAAAAUUUGUCU